AUGGAAGCGACAAGAUCUCACGGCCAAACAGCUACUGCUGGUCGUGGACUGCUAGGGCUCGCAGCCAUUGCCUGCCUGGCAGGUGUCUACUUGAGCUUGUUCAGCCAUCCUUGGGACAUCCUCUCUGGCAUCGACAUAGGUUUAUGGCCAUUCGGUGGUCUUGAUAGCACAUCGAGGGCAAGAUUGCCACUUGGAACUUGUGAACAAGUGGAGAGGUUGACCCCCAGGCUCACGGACGUUGAACGAUUCAUCGCAACGACUAUUGAAACCCAAGCUUUUCAGGAGGAAGCCAUUGGAAAACUAUCUAAUAUCAUAAAGAUCCCUUCGGAGAGCUAUGACGAACUAGGCACCAUUGGCGAUGACGACCGGUGGAACGUGUUUUACGACAUCGAAUCGUUUCUGGUGAAUACAUACCCCAAGGUGUUCCAAACCGUGCAACUUGACCACGCAAACACGCACGGCUUAGUUUUGACGUGGAAGGGUACCGUUCCAGUUACAAAGGCCAAACCAAUCUUGAUGUUGGCACAUCAAGAUGUGGUCCCAGUGCUUGCAAAUAUGGUAGGGGAUUGGAAACACCCGCCGUACGAGGGGCAUUUCGAUGGGGAGUUUAUCUGGGGUCGAGGCGCCACGGACGACAAAGGUUACCUGAUAUCUCUCAUGGAGAGUCUGGACCUUCUGAUCAAGAGUGGCUUCAAACCGCGACGAACGAUAGUCUUGGCGUUUGGAUGCGACGAAGAAAUCAGCGGCGAAAAUUGCGGUCGUCCCAUAUCAAACCUCUUGCAUGAUAGGUACGGCGAUGACGGCAUUUACUUAAUCAUGGAUGAAGGCUCCAUGGGAAUUCAACGAGAGUUCGACCAGUCUUUUGCAAUGGUCAGUGUUGCUGAAAAAGGCUACAUAGACGUCGGGAUAAAUGUUACCUCAUAUGGUGGGCACGCAUCAGAUCCGCCAGAUCACAACGUCAUCGGCAUUCUGUCCGAGAUUGUGACGACUAUAGAAGCUAAUCCGUUUCCUGGGACGCUUACGACAAGAAAUCCCAUGUUUGGCUUUUUGGAAUGUGCCGCCGCGCAUGCACCACAUGCUAGAUUCCCACCUGACCUGCGAAAUCAACUGCCUCUGGCUGCCACCGGAAGCACAGAAGCUCAACAACGGGCAUUGAAGGACCUGGAGAAGAUGAAGUAUUAUUUCAGGACUAGCCAAUCAGUGGGCAAGAUCAAUGGAGGUGUCAAGAUAAAUGCAAUCCCCGAAGAAGCCUCGGUCUUGGUCAAUCUUCGUCUCAGUGUCGAGUCGUCUGUUGCUGAGAUCCAGGCCCAUUACGAAACGCUAAUCCGACCCAUUGCCAGAAAACAUGACAUGGCCAUUGAAGGAUUUCAUGCAACACGCAAUAACUCUAUUCGCCACAAGAUUGCAUUAUUUGGUGUAGAUGCUUUGGAGCCAGCACCAGUCUCACCACCGACAGCAGAAGCCUUCAAAAUUCUCGCUGGAACCAUCAGGCACACCUUGAAACCACUGGAAGGAGACAAGGACUUGAUAGUAACUCCUUAUCUAAUGGCGGCCAACACAGAUACGAAAUUCUUCUGGAAGCUCACUAAGAAUAUCUAUCGGUUCACACCCAUCAAUCUGCAGCACAACCUGAACCGGGCGCACACAACUAACGAGUUCAUCCGGGCUAGUGAGUUUGUGAGAGAGCCUCUUUUCUUUGCUACAUUGAUCUUAAAUGCAGAUGAUGCCGCAGCAAAGUAG